AUGCCAUAUUUGCUAUGAACGCGGUCAAACUGUUUCUUCUAUUGGACAGUGUUACUGCUAUGAAUGCUAUGUGGAGAGUAGCGAUGUCGGAAGAGGUUGGGAAAAAAAUGCAGGCAGUCUUAGACCGGGUCAAUCUGGCCGUAACCCGACGUGCAAAGACAUUACCAUGCAUUGCACCUAGGAUAGUUGCUGUAAGUAAAACCAAACCUCCAGACAUGGUAGUUGAGGCUUAUAAACAUGGACAACGCAACUUUGGGGAGAAUUAUGUAAAUGAGCUUGUGGAGAAAGCGUCUCACCCUCUGAUUUUGACACCAUGCCCUGAAAUUAAAUGGCAUUUCAUUGGACAUUUACAGAAGGGGAAUGUUAAUAAACUCUUAGGUGUUCCAAACCUUUACAUGGUUGAGACCAUCGACUCUGUAAAACUGGCUGACAAACUUAACAGCUCAUGGCAGAAGUUACGAUCUUGUAACACCAGGAGAUUAAAGGUCAUGGUUCAGAUCAACACAAGCAGCGAGGAAAGUAAACAUGGUCUGCAUCCUGAAGAAACUAUCAAUACGGUCAAGCAUAUUGUGACUAAUUGUCCUGCUCUGGUCUUCUCUGGACUAAUGACUAUCGGACGUUAUGGUUAUGAUCUCAGUGAAGGUCCAAAUCCUGACUUCCAGAUUCUGCUCAAGCAUCGUGAAAAGGUAUGUGAGAGUCUGAAUCUUCAACUGGAACAGGUUGAGCUCAGUAUGGGCAUGUCUACAGACUUUGAACAUGCGAUUGAGGUAGGCUCCACUAAUAUCCGUGUUGGUAGUACCAUUUUUGGAACACGGGAAUAUCCAAAUACUCCUAGCCCAAGCCCAGAAAAAAAGCCAGAGGUUGCAUCUGAAGAAGCAGCAAAGAAAACGGAACAUCUUACAGUAAAAGACCAUUAAUUAGUAAUGCUAGACAUGGUGAAUCUGGAGGGUUUAAGAGAAGCUGCCCCACUAAGAACAAGAAAUAUCUUAUUAAUAGCCUUGCCAUCAUAAAAAAGGAACAGGCAUAACAUUUUCUUCUAGUGUCAAGUAAACUUAAGUUUGACCAAUUCCUAACAAUUCUCAUAUUAAUUUUUACCAUUAAUAUCAUGAUGCAUUCAAGUUUUAUUUUAAAAAAGUAUAGCUUUUGGUAAAUGAAUGAAGUGUGGAUUGCAAUGUUUUCUGUGGUCAGUAUACCACUUUCUCUGUCUCUCAGUAUGAGAAAGUUUUGAUGCGAAUGCACAUGUAUUGCAUAACUACUUAUAUUGUACUUUGAAAGCCAUAUUAAAGAAAUUAGUAUUUGCUAUUAAAAGACUUGUGUAUAGAAAAUGUGCAUAAACAUUGAAAUAUUUAAGUUUAAUAUAAGUUACAGAGAACUGCAGUUAUAUGUGAUUUAGAACUCUAACAUUUUGUUAACUGUGUAUGUAUCAGAUUUAACCAGACUUCUUUUCGAUUAUGCUAUUUUUAUGGUGAUAAAUAAAAAAAACAGUAGUGUACAAAGUA